UCCCCUCCGGUCGAUGCUUUGAAGAAAGGGGAGUGUCGAAGUUAUCGCAUCAGAAGUCAAGUCUGCAGUAGGCCUAGCAUAAUUGUAAAAGCGCACAGUGGGAGUGUCAUCUCCCGUGGGUAGGUGUGUGUGGCACUGGUUUUUCCAAGCCGUGUAUAGUUUCAUGCCGAAUACUGUGCGGUGUGGUAAGCUACCAAGAGCAUCGACAAGCGAUGGCGGAAUGUGGGAUGAAGGCGCUGUCUGUCCUGGAGGCGGCCCGCUCCCGCUACGAGAGUUUGCAGAUCUCAGAUGAUGUUUUUGGGGAAUCGGGAGAUGACAGUAGCGACAAUCCCUUUUACAGCACUUCGGGUGACUCGAAUUCGGAUAACUGUGGCUUGGAGACCGGCGACGAUCAAAGGGCAGGGGAGACUGGGAAUUGUCAAAACGGAGGUCCACCCGGCUCUGUCUCAAAGACUCAAGCAGAGGAGGAUGGCUGGAGCGACACACUGCAAGAUAUCACGUUGGCCCCCUACAACGAGACAUAUGGCCCUACCCAGAGAAUGCCAGCCACAGCCACUUGCAUGGACUUCUUCCAGCUCUUUGUGCCCGACAACGCCAUCCAGAACAUGUUGACGCAGACCAACAUGUACGCCAAGAAGUACCAGGAGCGCUUCGGCAGUGACGAGGGCUGGCAGAACGUGACCGUGGCUGAGAUGAAGGCCUUCCUGGGCUUCGUGACUUCCACCAGCGUUCACCGCUGUGAGUCAGUGCUCAGCAUCUGGAGCAGCGGCUUCUUCAGCAACCGCAGCAUCGCACUCAAGAUGAGCCAGGCGCGCUUCGAGAAGAUCCUCAAGUACUUCCAUAUCGUGGCCUUCCGCUCCAGCCACGGCAGCCAUGGCCUCUACAAGAUCCAGCCCUUCCUGGACUCACUGCAGCAGUCGUUCGGCUGCAGCACAUUCCGCCCCUCUCAGACUCAGGUGCUCCAUGAGCCUCUGAUUGAUGAGGACCCGGUGUUCAUCACCACCUGUACGGAGAGAGAGCUGAGGAAGAGGAGGAAGAGGAAGUUCAGUCUGUGGGUCCGCCAAUGCACCUCCACUGGCUUCAUCUGUCAGAUCUAUGUGCAUCUGAAGGAGGGCCAGGGUCCUGAUGGGUUGGCCACCCUGAAGAACAAGCCUCAGCUCCACAGUAUGGUGGCCAAACAGCUGUGUCAGAACCUCUCAGGCCGCAACAGCAUCAUCUUCACCGGGCCCAGCAUCACUAGCCUCAACCUGUACCAGGAGUUUGAGAAACAGGACAUCUACUGCUGUGGGCUGCUGAGCACCAAGAAGAGUGACUGCACCGGCCUGCCCCAGUCCAUGCUGGUGAACCCUGAGAGCCCCCAGCAGAGGGGCCAGUCCCGCACCAUGAUGAGAGGUAACACCUCCCUCAUCAGCUGGUACAACAAGGGACACUUCCGCUUCCUUACCAACGCCUACUCACCCACCAAGGAAGGGAUGAUCAUCAAGAGGAAAAGUGGUGAGAUACCCUGUCCGCUGGCUGUGGAGGCCUUCGCUGCACACCUCAGCUACAUCUGCAAGUAUGACGACAAGUACAGCAAGUAUUUCAUCUUCCACAAGCCCAACAAGACAUGGCAGCAGGUGUUCUGGCUGACCAUCAGCAUCGCCAUAAACAACGCCUAUAUCCUGUACAAGAUGUCCGAUGCCUACCACGUCAAGUGCUACAGCCGAGCACAGUUUGGAGAGAGACUGGUGAGGGAGCUACUGGACUUAGAUGACUGCUCUCCUACCCAGUGAGGUGACCACAUAAUCUUUGUAAUAUACACACACACAUACUGUACACACACAUACUGUACACACACACUGUCACACGUCUCACACGUACCCACAAACGCACACUGUUCAUCACAUGCAAAACACUAACACACACUAACCAAAACACUAAUAGAUUUGUUCUUUAUAAUUGUAGACACUGGGAUAGGUCACUCCUUAAAUGAAACCCUAUUUUAACAGUGCCAAGUCUGGGUUAAAUGGGUUGGGGGACCAAACCUCCAGGUCUGGGAAGCAGGUCUCUAUAUCUGAGUCGGAACGGUCUAUAGAUUCAUGUUUCUUUACUGAGGCACAAAGCAGAGCCAUUGUACAGUACACAUGCCUCAAUAUUGUUAGUGUCACAGGCUGCAUGACAAAAACGCAGUUGGAUAAUGUACUCUUGUUCAAUGUGCAGAUUUCUUUUCUUUUUUUUGAUCAGGUUAAACAUUGCUUCCAUGUAGUGCAAUGUCACUGUAAUGUAAAUCUAUGAUUCUAUUCGACCACCUAUGGAGCAACAUCUGGUGUGUUCUCUCCAAGAUAGACCUGAACCACUGAGCAGAAAUACUAUAUAUAUAUAUAUAUAUAUAUAUACUGUGUGUGUGUGUGUGUGUGUGUGU